CUUUUCAUCAGCGAACAUUAAACAUGGCAGAAGAAGCACCAGCCCCCGCCGCGGCUCCGGCCAAGGCUCCAGCCAAAGCCCCCAAGAAGAAGGCAAGCAAGCCCGCGAAGGCCGGACCCAACGUCCGCGAGCUGAUCAUCGCAACCGUGACCGCGUCCAAGGAACGCAGCGGCGUGUCUCUGGCAGCCCUGAAGAAGGCUCUGGGCGCCGAAGGAUACGAUGUGGAGAAGAACAACAACCGCAUCAAGACCGCCGUGAAGGCUCUGGUCGCCAAAGGGACUCUGUCUCAGCCCAAGGGAUCCGGAGCCUCCGGUUCCUUCAAGCUGAACAAGCAGAAGGCUGAGCCUAAGGCCGCGAAGCCGGCGAAGAAGCCCGCUGUUAAAGCCAAGAAGCCCGCCGCGAAGAAGGUCGUAGCAGCCAAGAAGGCAAAGCCCGCAGCUAAGAAGCCAGCGGCCGCCAAGAAGUCCCCGAAGAAGGCGAAGAAACCCGCGGCGGCGGCGGUCAAGAAGGCAGCCAAGAGCCCCAAGAAGGUCGCUGCUAAGAGCCCCAAGAAGGUGGUCAAGAAAGCCGCUGCUGCCAAGAAGUCUCCCGCCAAGAAGGCGGCGAAGCCCAAAGCAGCAAAGAAGACCGCGGCCAAGAAGAAGUAAACUGUCGUAAAGUGUCGGAACUCCUGCAAAUACAAAGGCUCUUUUAAGAGCCACACAAGUGUUUCUAUGAGAGCUCAAACACUCUGAAUUAUCUUAGUUUCAAAUACAAGAAUAGAAGAAGUACCUGCUGCUUAUCUACAGUCUACUGAUUUGAUCAUUUAUGUAAUCUCUAAAAUGUGUGUACUUAUGUGUGUGUGUAUAUAUAUAUAUAGAGAGA